UAGGCAGCCGAGCACAUGGUUUUGUAUGUUAGCCCACUGGGAUAAAGGACCCCUGCUUCACACAGCUCGCGCCUGCGUGCUCAUAUUACCAUCAGGUGAAUUUCAGAGCGAACAGGAAUAUAAAGAGCGAGAAAAACAGAGCUCAAACUCACAUGCUGAAGGCUGAUUAAACUGCUGUCAGAAUGUACUGAAACCUCAGGAGAAUCAGAUUACCUUUAAAAACCAGUUGCCUUUUUGUCGUGUGGACCUCAGUGCCUUCAUCAUGUCGCUGUUCACACACGUGUUGGCCUGCCUCUUUGGCAUCGGAUCAUGGGUGGCCAUUAACGGGAUGUGGGUGGAGCUACCUCUGAUCGUCCCCUCCAUUCCUGAGGGUUGGCACCUGCCCUCCUACCUUACAAUCAUUAUCCAGAUGGCCAACAUCGGGCCUCUCUUCAUCACGCUCAUGCACCGCUUCAGACCGGGCGUGCUGGACGAGCGGCCCGUUAUCUACACGAUCGUAACGGUUGGUGUGGUGGCCACCUUCCUCCUGGCGUUCCUCUGGAACCGCACGCUUACUUUUGGAGGAGGUGAACACAGUGCUGCCUUACUGUCCCUCAGCUUCCUGCUGUCUGUGGUGGACUGCACCUCAUCCGUCACAUUUCUACCCUUCAUGAUGCGUCUACAGCCUCGGUACCUCACCACCUACUUCAUUGGAGAGGGUCUAAGCGGUCUGGUCCCAGCAUUGGUGGCUCUUAUCCAAGGUGUAGGGGUGGUCCACUGCAAAAAUGCCAGUGCUAAUGUGAACUUUAGCAUGGGGAACUCCUCCUGGGGCUUCGAUGGAGAACUGCAGGCACACUACCAGCCGGCAAACUUUAGCAUGGGGAACUCAUCAUGGGGCUUCGAUGGAGAACUGCAGGCACACUACCAGCCGGCAAACUUCUCCGCUCAGGGUUUCUUCCUGUUCCUCAGUGCGAUGAUGAUGGUGUGCCUGGGCGCUUUCUUGUUACUCAACUUCCACCCAGCUGUGGCGCGGGAACACAAGAGCAAAGGCUAUAUUGAUGAUUCUCAGCGGGUGGAGAAGAUUGACAUAAGCCAAUCCCCAAACAGCGAAACUCCAGAGCAAAGGCCCAUGUUGGAUUUCCCAGAAGGCCUGGUGAUAAAACGACGCAGUUCAUUUGGAAAAGGAACCUGCAGCAGAAUAGAGCUAGUCUUCAUUUUUGUAGUUCUGGCCUGGGUCAAUGCAUUGACCAAUGCAGUCCUGCCCUCUGUCCAGUCUUACUCCUGUUUGCCGUAUGGAAAUCAGGCCUAUCAUCUUGCAGCCACUUUGUCUUCAGUAGCCAAUCCAGUGGCUUGUUUCAUUGCCAUGUUUGUACCAAUCAGGUCUCUGGUGCUGAUGGGGGUUCUAGCAGUGACUGGAACAGGGUUUGGAGCAUAUAUAAUGGCCAUGGCAGCACUAAGCCCUUGUCCUUUGCUGAUCAAUCAUGACCUAGGAGCAGCACUCAUCGUCAUAACCUGGGUCAUAUUUGUCCUCACUUUGUCCUAUGUGAAGGUGAUUAUUGGAGUGAUCCUGCGAGAUGAAGGCCACAGCGCCCUCGUGUGGUGUGGAGCUGUUGUGCAGCUGGGCUCUAUGUUAGGUGCCCUGUCUAUGUUCCCUUUGGUUAGUGUCUAUAGACUUUUCCAGUCAGGAGAUCCCUGUAAUACCAAGUGCCCUAAAUAAAAGCAAUCAUUAUUCUGAUAGAUUCAGAGUAAAACACUAAGGUGUUAGUGAACCAGGCUGAAUAAUACACAGAUGUAUGACCACACAUUUUUUCAUGACGCCUUUAUUUUUAACAUUUACAUAGAACCCAAAUUCCAGCUACUGUAUUGUUUCAACAAAUAUUUUUCCUUUUGGUUCUCAUAUAGUUCAUAGUACUGUUACAUGAUGACAAAACAAGCUUCAUAAUCUUCUGUAAUAUCUGCCACUGACUUAUAGUUACAGUGUAACUUGUCAGUUAUGAUAUUUUUGUUAUUUCAACGUUAUUACUUGAUAUGUAGUGUUUUUAUUAUCGUAUUGAACUGUUGCUGAAGUCUGAGAUCAUGUGUUUUUUUGUUUUUUUUUAAGAAUUGGAAAAUAUUUAU